AUGGCUGCUAAAAAACUCACCCCGUACUUUCAAGGCCGAAUAGUGCGAGUACUCACCGACCAACCCAUCGGGUCUGUCCUCCGGAGCUCCAGCUCAUCCGGCCGACUAGUCAAAUGGGCCUUAAUGCUAACACAGUUCGCCCUGGAGUACAAACCCCGAUCGGCGAUCAAAGGCCAGGCGCUGGCCGACUUCGUAGUGGAAUGUACGGCCAGGGAAGCUAACCCGACGACACAGCCGGGCCCAGACGACAUGUGGUGGGAAUUGGCAACCGACGGCUCAAGCGGCAAAAGAGGAGCGGGCGGAGGUGUAGUCAUCACUAGCCCGGAGGGGUUCAAGUUUUACCACGCCCUGAUCUUUUAUUUUUCCCCCACCAACAACGAAGCUGAGUACGAAGCGUUCAUCGCCGGCCUUCGGUAUGUCAGGAAGCUCGGCGCACAAUACGUCCGGGCUAGAACGGACUCCGCUUUGGUGGUCGGGCAAGUUCUGGGAAACUUCGAAGCAAAUGGAGACCGGCUGGUGCAGUAUAGGAACCAGAUGUUGGCGAUUCUUGUGGAGUUCGAAGGCCACACGGUCGAGCACGUCCCCCGGGCGGAUAAUGUAGACGCGGACGUCCUAUCCAAGCUCGCCCAAGAAGCCCCCGAGCACAUUUCCAGAAUAGCCCGUAUUGAAGAAAUGACCCGUGCCGCCAUUGACGCCCUGGAAGUCGCCGCGGUAGCCCCGACGGAAGAAAAUUGGAUCACAGACCUGAUGCAAUACUUAACCGACGACCGUCUUCCCGAUGACACAGAAAGAGCCAGAAAGGUUAAGCUGAGAGCGCCCCGUUUCCAGGAGAUGGAUGGCCGUCUGUACCGGCGAUCAUACGGCGGCCCGCUGAUGAGGUGCCUGAACGAAUUCGAGGCCGAUCUGGUAAUGACCGAGCUCCACUCGGGGAUUUGCUCGGCGCACCACGACGGCAAGGCUUUGGCAAGAAGGAUAAUGCUCAUAGGGUACUACUGGCCAUCAAUACAACUCGACUGUAAGAGGGUGGCCCGGGAAUGCGAGGCGUGCCAAGUCUUCGCCAAAGUUCUAGGUAGACCGGCCACCUUUUACCAGCCCGUCAGCACGGCCAUCCCGUUCGCUAGGUGGGGCGUCGACAUAGUCGGCCCGUUCACCCGGGUGGCCGGUAGAAAGAGGUUCAUCAUUCUGGUCACGGACAACGGAAAGCAGUUUGAGGGAAGUUACUUCGCAGACUUCCUUGCAACGAUUGGAACAAAGGCAGUAAAGUCAUCCGUCGCCUACCCUCAAGGUAACGGCCAAGUCGAGAACGCUAACCGGACUAUCCUAGAAGGCCUAAAGAAGAAGUUGUACUCGGCGGGACGAAGUUGGGCCGACGAGUUGCCAUACAUACUCUGGGCUUACAGGACGACCCCUCGAGAGGCAACGAAAGAAACCCCCUUCGCCCUGGUCUACGGCGCAGAGGCUAGGUUACCGGUCGAGGCAUGGAUACCGACCGCCCGAGAGAGAGAGUUCGACCCGGAUAACAAUGAUGAGAUGAUGACAGUCGAGCUAGACACCGUCGACGAGAGGCGGGAGCAGGUCGCGAAGAGGAUAAUCGAGUACCAGAAGAAAGCAAAGGCGUAUCAUGAUGCCCGAGUCCGACCGAGAUACUUUCAAGUGGGCGAUUUCGUCCUAAGGAAGAGAGAAGCCAAUCGCCCGUUGGAGGGAGGGAAGCUGUCCCAGAGCUGGGAAGGCCCUUACAAGAUAUCGGCGGUCAUUCGCCCGGGAACCUACAAGCUGCAAACGACGACCGGGAAAACCGUGGACAGAGUGUGGAAUUCAGAGAACCUCACGCUCUUUCAACAUUAG